UUCCCAAUCGGGAACAAAUUCAACGCACCUCACACCCACGCCUCGCCCCUUCACACACCCACACGGCCACACCACACUGACGCUACCCCGGCGAUGGCGGCCGGCGGCGGCGAGCUGAAGCUGCUGGGGACGUGGGCGAGCCCGUUCGUGCAGCGGGUGCGCCUCGCGCUGCACCUCAAGGGGCUGACGGACUACGAGUUCGUGGAGGAGGACACCGCCAACAAGAGCGAGCUGCUGCUCGCCUCCAACCCCGUCCACAAGAAGGUCCCCGUGCUCCUCCACCGCGGCAACCCCGUCUGCGAGUCCCAGGUCAUCGUCCAGUACCUCGACGACGCCUUCCCCGGUUCCGGCGCCGGCGGCCUCCUCCCCGCCGACCCCUACCGCCGCGCCGUCGCCCGCUUCUGGGCCACCUACAUCGACGCCAACUUCUUCGCGGCGUGGAACAAGUCGUUCUACACGGCGUCGGCGGAGGAGAAGGCGGCGGAGAUGGAGAAGGCGUGGGCGGCGCUGGCGACGAUCGAGGGCGCGUUCGCGGAGCUGUCGGAGGGGAAGGGGUUCUUCUCCGGCGAGGACCGGCCCGGGUACGUGGACGUGGUGCUGGGCGGGUUCGUGGGCUCCAUGCGCGCGUACGGGGCGGCCGUCGGCGUGGACGUCCUCGACGCCGGCAGGACGCCGCUGCUGGCGGCGUGGGCGGAGCGGAUCGCGGCGCUCGACGCCGCCAAGGGGGUCAUCCCGGAGGUCGAACGCAUGGUGGAGCUCUCGCGCUCCGUCAACAAGAAGUGAAAUUAAAGCUAGCAGCUUUUGCUAAACCAAAUCCAUGUUCGCCGCUAGCGUUUCAGAAGCUUUUGCAGGAAUAAAUUUGAACCAUGUGCGAUUUUGUUUUUGUUUCGUCGAAAUAAAAGUGACAUUUCCAGGUUUCACAGUGGUUUCAGUUGGAUCAGGUUCCUCUCAAUCCGUUUCAAUUAUAUUG